UAGAGAGUGAUAAAGACUUAAAGAGUGUACGCUUCCUUUGUUUCUCAUGGCGGGUAUUACGAUAACUCUCCAACGCAUUUGGGUUCCACUCUCUACCUCUUGAUUUCCGCAUUUUUUUUUUAAACAAAAAAAGGCUUCAGAAUGGCUGUGGCUACAGCUUACGCCAAGUCUGCUCUUCACUUCAAUGACAAAAAUCUCAAAGCCUUUGCAGCUCCUACUCUCACUGGGUUCUUCGUCAGGGCCUAUCCCAGUUCCCUCUGCAGGUACCCGAGCGCAAGAUUAUCUUCGUCAUUAACUGCUGUUGUUCCGCGAGCAACUUCAGCUACUCUAGAGGACGGCAGUACUAGUGAGACUGAUACAAUUCCGACUCCUAAAGUUAUAAUUGAUCAAGACUCUGACCCUGAUGCAACUGUGGUGGAGAUAACCUUUGGUGAUCGCCUCGGAGCUCUUCUUGAUACUAUGAAUGCCCUUAAAAACCUCGGGCUUAAUGUUGUGAAGGCAAAUGUCUUUUUGGAUUCUUCUGGAAAGCACAACAAAUUUUCCAUCACAAGAGCGGAUACUGGUAGAAAAAUUGAGGAUCCAGAGCUGCUUGAGGAAAUUCGUUUGACUAUUAUAAACAAUCUACUUCAAUAUCACCCGGAAUCAAGUUCCCAGCUGGCAAUGGGAAUGGCAUUUGGUAUGGUCCCACCAAAACAACAGGUUGACGUGGAUAUAGCAACUCGCAUAAGCAUUAAUGAUGACAGUCCUGACAGAAGCUUGCUUUACGUCGAGACUGUUGAUCGUCCUGGAUUAUUGGUGGAUCUUGUAAAGAUUAUCAGUGAUAUUAACAUUGCUGUCGAAUCUGGAGAAUUUGACACCGAGGGUUUGUUGGCUAAGGCUAAGUUUCAUGUCAGCUACAGGGGUAAAGCCAUUAUCAAGCCUCUCCAACAGGUCCUGGCUAAUAGUUUACGUUACUUCUUGAGGCGACCGACAACUGAAGAGGCAAGUUUUUGAGCCGCUCUAGCAGCUGACCAAUUGUCAGAACAAUAGUAGCCUACUUUAACAUACAAAGAUAUCCCCCAUCCCCAUAGAUGGACUGUAAACAAAUGAAUUUGUAAUGAAAUGGUACUGUAAAAUGAUACUCAAGCUGUUGUAUUCUGGUAACCGUGUGAAAUGCAACUGCAUAUAUAUGAUCUCCAACUUCUUGGUUCUU